UAUCACUAAUACAUAAAAACCUACCAAUCCUCUUAGGCCUUAGCUACCAUCAUAUCAACCAUUUAAUGACCUGUCUCUAUCUCUAUUUCUUUCAGUUCCACCACCCAAAUCUUCAUUUCAGAUUAUAUGCAAGUUCUUUUUCCUCCCAUCUACUGUCUAUGUUGGCAUAUUACUAGAAAAUGAAGGGGAAAUUUGUAAAGGCAUGCAUUACCAAAUGGAGGAGGAUGGGGAGUAAAGUCAUACCUUGUAGCAGUUGUGAAUUCUGUUCUGAGUGGGCAAAGUGGCCUAGUUCAAUGCAUGAAGAGGGCUCAAUCCCAAGAGAUGUACCGAAAGGUCACUUAGUAGUAUAUGUUGGUGAAAACCAUAAGAGGUUUGUGAUUAAACUCAGCAUGCUCAAGCACCCACUGUUCAAAGCAUUGCUAGAUCGAGCUCAGGAAGAAUAUGAUUUUACCACCGACUCCAAACUCUGCAUUCCUUGUGAUGAAAGCCACUUCCUCGAUGUUGAUCGCUGUGCUAGCUCUCCUCAAGAUUGAUUACUCUCCCGGAAUCUAAAGGAAUUUAUGCUAGAAACUUGAUUGAUUCACAAGGUUAGGUUUCGAGUCUAGUAAUGAUAAUAUAGAGUAUAUUGAGUGGAAUUUUGUAACAUAAAUUCUGUAGCCUAUAAAUAUAACUUCAUUGGAAAAUAUUGUCUUCCAGUUUGCACUAUUGUAAGAUCUGUUUCUAAGGGCCUCAGCCGCUAAGCCAUGUGAAAGCUCUCGUGCCAAAAUAGAACCCAGUUAAACACACAGUACGACGCCAGAUCAACACUG